GUUUUUGAUCUGCUCCGAAAAUUAUACAAAAUUCUUUAUUCGCUUUUAAUUUUUUUUUCUUUUGAGACAAAAUUAAAUUCCAAUUUUAUUAUCUUUUGUGUGCUUUGCUCUGUGAAAGAAGGAAAGACUAGAGAAAGACACAAUCACAAGAUGGGUGAUGAAGGUGGCGGUGGAAGCGGAGGCGGUGACCUGAAGUCCUUCCUCAUUGACUUCUUGGCCGGCGGUGUCUCGGCUGCCAUUGCCAAGACAGCUGUAGCGCCCAUCGAGCGAGUGAAGCUCAUACUCCAGGUGCAGGAGGUGUCCAAGCAAAUCUCGGAAGACAAACGCUACAAGGGAAUCGUCGAUUGCUUUGUCCGCAUACCGAGGGAGCAGGGAUUCGCAUCGCUGUGGCGCGGCAAUUUGGCCAAUGUGAUUCGUUACUUUCCCACUCAGGCGUUGAACUUUGCCUUCAAGGAUGUGUACAAGUCGGUCUUCCUUGGCGGCGUGGACAAGAAGAAACAGUUCUGGCGUCACUUCAUGGGCAACCUGGCAUCUGGAGGCGCAGCUGGCGCCACAUCCUUAUGCUUUGUCUAUCCACUUGACUUUGCGCGUACCCGCUUGGCCGCCGAUGUCGGCAAGGGCGGACAGCGAGAGUUCACGGGCUUGAUCGAUUGCCUGAAGAAGGUGGUGAAAUCGGAUGGGCCCAUUGGUCUAUAUCGUGGCUUUAUCGUCUCGGUGCAGGGCAUCAUUAUCUAUCGGGCCGCAUACUUUGGCUUCUACGACACCUGUCGCGAUCACCUGCCGAAUCCAAAGAGCACGCCCUUCUAUGUCAGCUGGGCCAUUGCCCAGGUGGUCACCACGGUGGCGGGUAUUGCAUCGUAUCCCUUUGAUACGGUGCGUCGUCGCAUGAUGAUGCAGUCGGGUCUGAAGAAAUCCGAGAUGAUCUACAAGAAUACCGCUCACUGUUGGAUGCUCAUUGCCAAGCAGGAGGGAAUUGCUGCCUUCUUUAAGGGCGCCUUCUCCAACAUUAUUCGCGGCACCGGCGGCGCUUUGGUUCUUGCCAUCUACGAUGAGCUCAAGAAAUACAUCUAACGCCCACACACACACAUUACCAUUACCUUUAGCGUGUUACCGAGCUGAUCCCACCACCUGAAUUGACCUGAAUUUCCCCCCACUUUUCUCUCGCUCUUGUGACAAAAUUCGAAAUAGCCCAAAAGCAAUAGAAACUAAUCG